AUGGAUCCUUCCGAGGGUUAUCUGAAACCGUGCUCUACAACUACUACUACUGCUAAUACGACUAAUAAUAGCCACGAGCCGUUUGGCUUUACCGCCACAACCAGCAACGCACCAGAGUUCGGCAGCAGCAACAGCAGCAGCAAUCAUCCCAGUGAAGCAAAUAUUGCUUUUCCUGCAAACGACGUCUCAAAAAUGGCCGACACUGCCCUUGGAACUGCCGCUACUAAUGCGGCUGCUACUAAUUCCGGUGAAACUGGCGGUCAAAGCCGUGCUGAAAAACCCAUCAGCUAUGGAACUAGUGGCAAGUGCUCCAAUGUUCCGAUGUUCAGCUCCAACUCCUUUCAGAAUUCGCUAAACUCCACCAUACAGAAGGCUAUGUAUGAAAUGUACAACAUGUCUGCACUGAACGAUUCGGUGGGGGAGAAUGGCGAAAGCAUGGAAGCACGCAACUCUGUGCUGGAGGCAAUCCUUGAAAUUGAAUUUUGCAAUAUUCCCCUGCGGCAAGAAGUCCUUGACAGUGUUACUUCUAGGGAAGGCAAAAAAUCUCUUAAAUAUUCGGAUUACCUGCAAAUAGAAAGUCACCCGACGCUGCACGAACUUGAAAGUGAAAGGCUUGAAGAGCUGAAAGGUGCCUGCUUGUUGCUUCGGAAUGAUGUCUACAAACAUGUAGUCCACAAGACAAAUCAACUGGUGGACGCCGUGAAGGUCACAGAAGCAGCUAUUCGGAGGCUCAUCAAAAUGUCCAAGCGACUCUCUGCAUUUAACAAGCUCAGUCAGAACGAUCAAAUAUCUUUGCUAAAGGGCAGCAUCAUUGAGAUGAUGUGCAUCAGGGCGACAACCAACUUCAAUAGUGAACACAACUUUUGGUACUUUAUCGACGAUAUCAACCAAGGUCUGACUGCAGUGUCACUGGAUGUACUUAAAAAUGCAAACUGGAUCAACUUUAUGUCGCAUAAAAACUUUGCAAUCAAGUUCAACUCACAGUUCAAAAGCGAUCCGAUGAUUGCUGACUUGCUUACUGCAAUCAUUCUCUUUCGUCCGUCUCGCGCCUCGACAUCUAAUCAAGAAUUAAUAAGAGAUGAAUUUCUGAAUUACUGCUAUUUGCUCAAACGGUACCUCUACAUCAAUUCAAACGGUGACAAGUGCAAAGCGAAAAGUUCGUAUAUUGUGCUAAUGCAUCGUCUGGAGGAGCUGUACUACCUUGCGGAAGACAUUGUUCGCAUAUACCUUGAUAUGGACCCUGAGAAUGCAGGCCCCCUAUUUGUGGAGCUUUUUGAUCUGAAAUAA